AUGAAGGUCACUGGGAUCGUUCUUGCGCUCGGCGCGUUGGCCAGCGCUGGCAGGUCAUUCCGCCGCGACGACGGCGCGGGGGCAGCAUCAAACGACACUCUUGGGUCGAUUGCGCCCAAGAAGUUCAUCGUCGAGGUCGGCCAAGGCUCCAACAAGGAUGAGCUGAUCCGGGACAUUGAGAACAAGCCCGGGUGCCGCGUCACCAAGGUGUUUGACUCUGACGUCUUCCGCGCCAUCUCGGUGGAGUCCGACAGCGUCAACACGGACGAGCUGCAGUCGCUGGCCUCGGUCGCAAAAGUGUGGCACGCCACCCGCGUUCAGCUGCCGCCCGUGAUCGAGGGCAAGAGCUUCUCGGAUGACGCCGCGGCGCCAGAGUACUUCAUCCACGACAUGACCGGCGUCGACAAGGUGCAGGCGCAGGGCAUCCUCGGCAAGGGCGUCAAGGUGGGCGUGGUGGACACGGGAGUCGACUACACGCACCCCAACCUCGGCGGCUGUUUCGGAAAGGGCUGCAAGGUCGAGGGCGGCUACGAUUUCGUCGGCGACAGCUACUGGCCCUUUCCCGGCAACACCAAGAUGCCCGACGACGAUCCUCAAGACGCCCAGGGUCACGGUACCCACGUCGCCGGCAUCAUCGCGGGUAAGAGCGACAAGCUCAAGGGCGUGGCGCCCGACGCGACCAUCUACUCGUACAAGGUCUUUGGCUUUGGCGGCACCGACGAGGAGACCAUCAUCGAGGCGUUCAUCCGGGCCUACGAGGAUGGCAUGGACAUCAUCUCGGCCAGCGUCGGCAGCGACGGCGGCUGGGCCGAGACCGCCUGGGCCGAAGUCUCCAGGCGGAUCGUGAACGAGGGUAUCGUGGUGGUGAUUGCUGCAGGCAACUCGGGCGAGCUGGGGCCUUGGGCCAUGAGCUCGGGUGCCUCCUCGCCGGAUGCUCUGGCGGUCGCCUCGAUAGAUGCCUCGAUGGGGAGGGGACGUCCUUGGGCAGCGACCUUCAACCUGGAUGGACACUCCAACAGGACCAUCCUUGCCUACAGGGCCGACAUAGCCCUGUUUCCUGCCACGGUCGUCGGCGUCCCGAUCGUGCCGCUGACCCUCAACACGAGCGUCCAGAACGAUGCGUGUCAGUCGCUGCCCGAAAACCUCAACCUGACGGACGUGAUCCCCCUGGUCCGCCUCGGUGGCUGCCAGGACUGGGUCAAGGAGGGCAACCUCAACCAGCGCGGCGCCAAGUACGUCCUCAUGUACAUGGAAGACGGCACCAUCGCCAGCUUCUCCGGGCAGGGAUGGGCACAGAGCUCCAAGGCCAUGAUCACCAAGGCGGCGGGCGAGGCCAUCGUCAAGACCGUCAUGGCGGGCGGCAACGUCACGGCCGACUUUUCCAUCGACACCAACACCAACUACGUCGGCAUCUACAACUCGGCCGGCGGCAAGCCGUCGACUUUUACGUCUUGGGGCCCCACGUACGACCUGUCGCUCAAGCCCGACAUCGCAGCGCCCGGGGGUCGCAUCCUGUCGACGUACCGCGGCGGCGGCUUCCGCGAGGUCAGCGGCACCAGCCAGGCCACGCCUUACGUCUCGGGCGUGGCGGCGCUCUACAUCUCCAAGUACGGCGGCCGCAGCGUGCACGGCAAGGGUUUCGCGCGGCAGCUCCAGGCCCGCAUAAUGAACACGGGCAAGACGGUGGAGUUUGGCGACGGCACGGAGAAGGACUUUGGGUUCUGGGCUCCGCCGAUCCAGGUGGGCACCGGCAUGAUCGACGCGGUGGCGGUGCUCAACUACACGACGGACAUGUCGUUUGCCAAGUUCAACCUCAACGACACGCACCACUUUAGCCGCUACCACUCGGUGGAGAUCACCAACAACGGCAAGGAGAGCGUCGAGUACACGUUUGCGGUGCAGGACGCGGCUGGGUUUGAGAGCCAGUUCACCGACGCGUCCGAGGCCAGCUACGCGCCCCGCAUCAAGGACUUUGUCGAGCUGGUGCCCAUCAAGAUCGUGCCCGAGGUCAGCCUGCCGCAGGGCAAGUUCGUGCUGGCGCCCGGGCAGACGCGCAAGGCGCAGUUCAACUUCAAGGCGCCCGAGGGGCAGAACGCCGCGCGCCUGCCCAUCUACAGCGGCAAGGUGCUGAUCACAGGCAGCAACGGCGACAGGCUGUCGGCGCCGUACUUUGGCGUGGCGGCGGACCUGAAGCGCAACAUCCCCGACAUGUGGUACACGCAGAACGGCUUCCCGCAGGUCGUGGCGUCGGCCAACGGCACGCUGAUCAAGGACAAGCCCACCUUUGGCUUCAACCUGUCGCUGGCGGCGCAGGACUUCCCGCACCUGCGAACCGUGCUGCGGUACGGCACACGCGAGCUGCGCUGGGACAUAUUCUCGGUCGACUACACGGAGCGCGACUGGGUCUACCCUCCGGUGCCGGGGCUCAACAAGUUCGUCGGCGCCGCCACGAGCUUCGACUACUCCAACAGCAUCUACCAGAGCAUCUUUGACCCGGCCACCCAGGACGCCAACGACACCUUCCCCUUCCCCGUCCACAACGUCGGCCGCGACGCGCCGUUCCAGGCCCUCUGGCUGGGCAAGCUGGCCAACGGCACCCAGAUCGCGCCGGGCAAGUAUCAGAUGCGGGUUGCGGCCCUGGCGCCGUUUGGAAACCCGCGCGCGGCGGACAACUGGCACGUGUGGAAGGUGCCUGUGUUUGAGGUGCUGGAGAAGAAACUACAGUAG